AUGGGACUCGAAAGCACGUGCAUCGCUGAGGCCGGCCAGGGCCCUGAGGCCGGCGAGCCCGAUAACGUUAGUGCCGGUGAACAACAACACUUCCAGGAUAACGUUAGUCCCCGUGAACAACAACGCUUCCAGGAUAACGUUAGUGCCCGUGAACAACAACACUUCCUGGAUAACGUUAGUGCCCGUGAACAACAACACUUCCAGGAUAAGGUUAGUUCCCGUGAACAACAACACUUCCAGGAUAAGGUUAGUGCCCGUGAACAACAACACUUCCAGGAUAAGGUUAGUGCCCGUGAACAACACUUCCUGGAUAACGUUAGUGCCCGUGAACAACAACACUUCCAGGAUAACGUUAGUGCCCGUGAACAACAACACUUCCAGGAUAACGUUAGUGCCCGUGAACAACAACACUUCCAGGAUAAGGUUAGUGCCCGUGAACAACAACACUUCCUGGAUAACGUUAGUGCCCGUGAACAACAACACUUUCUGGAUAACGUUAGUGCCCGUGAACAACAACACUUCCAGGAUAACGUUAGUGCCCGUGAACAACAACACUUCCUGGAUAACGUUAGUGCCCGUGAACAACAACACUUCCAGGAUAACGUUAGUGCCCGUGAACAACAACACUUCCUGGAUAACGUUAGUGCCCGUGAACAACAACACUUCCAGGAUAACGCUGGUGCCCGUUAA